CCUUACUGCACCGGUCAAUGUGAUGAAUGCUGAUGGACACUGAGCAGUCAGAGGAUACAGCCGGGACCGAGGGUCUGUCUGAACCAGAGCACACAUCAAAAUAUGACAAAUUACCAUCUUUUUCACCAAAGGCUACUCAAACAGACAGGGAAAGAGCCAAAUCUCUGCCUGUAGAUCUAUAUCAGGAUGAAUCUUUCUCACACAAGAAUCUAGUUCAUGGAAAGAGAGUUCAGUUUGCAGACAUGAUGGGGCUGAACCUCGCAAACAUCAGACACUUUGACAUCUCUGAUGAUGCAAAUGAAACGUGCAAUGUGUCAUCUGGACUCCGGCAUCAUCCUCCAAACCAAGAGCUUCAACAUGGCAGUGAUCUGAUUCCAGCACGUUUAGUGCCAGCAUUUGACAUGCCUAUUAGUUUGCUGGAGUUUGAUAUGAAGUCAAGCCGCCUGGGAGUCGCAUUGGAAAGUGUCACAAUAACUGCCUCUGAAGUGAAGGGCGUGAUCAGAGUGAUACAGAGCAACGCAAGAGAAGUUGGGGUCAGGUACACUGUAAACAACUGGCUGACAUUUUCAGAUAUUAAAGCUGUAUUAAGACUGAAUGAAGAAAAACUGCUACCGUGGGAAAUGUUCGACUUUAUUUUGCACGUGCCGCCGCACUUUUUGAACAAAAAAUCACCUGUGCAUUUCUCAGUGUAUUGUCAGACUGAUCUUGGGGAAUUCUGGGACAACAAUGAUGGAGAGAACUACACUUUAAAGUCAGCAUGAAACUGAAAUCACGAUUGUACUUUCUUCUCUGUGGCCAAUAUCCAAAUGAAACGGCCUUUCGAACAAGAAAAACGUAGGGUGGAUCUUGACUUUGUCUAUUGGGAAUUGAUUGGAUCAUUGUAUGGUUGUAGUUUGCUGUUGCUGUGAUGUCAUGUGAGUGACAGGUUGUCCCGCCCUCACCCAGUAAACAUGUCAUGAGAGAAGAGAUGUGGUUGCAACAAGUUUACUUUGAUCACAGAUUAGGAUUAUUCCAUAAAAAAAAACAAGAAUUGCUAAUUUGAAUUUCAUGGUGAUUUAAGGGAAUCAGUCUGCCUGAAUUGAACUUUACUUUUAAUUUCCAUUAAUCUGUAUAAAUAGGCUUAAAGGAUUAGUUGACCCAAAAAUGAAAAUUAUGUCAUUUCGUCCCAAGCACAUAAGAUGUCCGUUCAUCUUCGGAUAUUUAGAUAUUUUAGAUUUAGUCCGAGAGUUUUCUGUCCCUUCAUUCAUUGCAAACUGUAUACGGUUUACUGUCCUUGUCCAGAAAGGAAAUAAAGAUAUCACACAGAAAGUUCUCGGACUAUAUCUAAAAUAUCUUGUGUUCUGAAGAUGAACGAAGGUCUUACGGGCUUGGAACGACAUGAGGGUGAGUCAUUAAUGACAUAAUUUUUGAGGGAACUAACCAUUUAAGUCGCGCUAACCUUAUGUUUGAUCUAAGAGUGGGUGUAACCAUUUGUAAACUGAAUGUGUCUGGCAUUCAGUUCCAAUGUCAUUCACUUGGUUAUUUUUAGCUGUACAAAAACAGCUGGCAAUUCUUACCAUAUUAUUUGAAUGUAUUGUCAAUUAUAAACACAUUGGUUUUUGCAGCACAAAUAAUUUGACCAUUUACUGAACUUUGUUAUUCUUCCCGUUAUUUCUCACACAUUCACAGAAAACAGCUUACUUCCAAAUUGCAAAAGAAAAUGGUGGAUAGGGUGACUCCCUAACCUUUUUUUUUUUUUUUUUCACUUUGGCAAAAAUUGGCACAAAGUCAACACAUUUAAUGAAUGGAUAUGUUCUAUCCUUUUUUGUCAAUACAUCUUAACAUUAGCAUUUGUAUUCAUUUAAAGGAGUUUUGAGGUUAAUUAAUCUAAUUGUCUUUCUGGAAAAUAGUGAUCUGUGACAUAAUUUGAAAAACACAUAGUUUUAGGGAUUUGUGGACAAAAUAAUAUUUUAAGGUUUAUGGAGUAAAAAAAUACUGGUUUUGCUGACACACAAGGCCUCAUGUUGUUAUUAUUUUUAAAUGUUUUAUUCAAUGAGCUACAUAUACAUUUCAGAGUGACAUCUUUGCUAUUCAUUCAAAUGUAUAGAACAAUCCUUCUGAAUGUAAGUCAUCUUCAAUAAAAUUAUGGGCAAUUAAA